UCGGAGACCGAGCCCUUCCAGGUCACCCUCAGCGACGAGAGCUUCGAGACCUACGAGCUCGACCCCCCUCCCUACACCCUCAAUGUCACCAAGAAGGAGCUGAAGCAAAUGUACUACGACAUGGUCGUCGUCAGACAAAUGGAGAUGGCCGCCGACAGACUGUACAAGGAGAAGAAGAUUCGUGGUUUCUGCCAUUUGUCCGUUGGUCAGGAGGCUGUCGCCGUCGGUAUCGAGCACGCGAUCGAGAGAGCUGACGACGUCAUCACCUCGUACCGUUGCCACGGCUUCGCCUACAUGCGCGGCGGUACCGUUCGCUCCAUCAUUGGCGAGCUUCUCGGUCGCCGUGGGGGUAUUGCCUACGGCAAGGGUGGUUCCAUGCACAUGUUCACCAAGGGCUUCUACGGCGGUAACGGUAUCGUCGGUGCUCAGGUCGCCGUCGGUGCUGGUCUUGCUUUCGCCCACAAGUACACUGGCCGCAAGAACGCUUCCAUCAUCCUCUACGGUGAUGGUGCCAGCAACCAGGGUCAGGUCUUUGAGUCUUUCAACAUGGCCAAGCUUUGGAACCUCCCUGCCCUUUUCGGCUGCGAGAACAACAAGUAUGGUAUGGGUACCUCUGCCGCCCGCUCGUCGGCCUUGACCGACUACUACAAGCGUGGCCAGUACAUCCCCGGUCUCAAGGUCAACGGCAUGGACGUCCUCGCCGUCAAGGCCGCCGUCGCGUACGGUAAGCAGUGGACCAACAACGACAACGGCCCUCUCGUGCUCGAGUACGUCACCUACCGCUAUGGUGGUCACUCCAUGUCCGACCCCGGCACCACCUACCGUACCCGUGAGGAGAUUCAGCGCAUGCGCUCCACCAACGACCCCAUUGCCGGCCUCAAGCAGCACAUUCUCGAGUGGGGUGUUGCCUCGGAGGAGGAGCUCAAGAACCUCGACAAGGAGGCUCGCGCCUACGUCAACGAGGAGGUUGCCGCCGCCGAGGCCAUGCCUCCUCCGGAGGCCAACCAGCAGAUUCUGUUUGAGGACAUCUACGUCAAGGGUACCGAGCCCGACUUUAUCCGUGGCCGUACCCCUGAUGAGCUUUUCUACUUCAAGCACUAA